AUGGGUGUCAUAGCUAUUAUAGCAGUAGUUUUAGCCGGGGUAGGGCUAGGGCUACACACUAUGGGUAUGUCUGUUGUUUAUUGGAUUGUAGCUGAUCCCUUUAUCUCUGGUUAUGGUGUAGGGUUAUGGCAGACGUGUAGUAUAGUCGGAUGUCAUAGACACCCACCUGUUCCUGAAUAUUGGAAAGCAACACAGGCGUUCGUAGUAAUAGGAUUUAUAGUUGGUGUAGUAGCUGUAAUUUUCUCUAUAAUUUUAAUAUGUAAACAGAAUAAAGUAUUCAGCGUUUUGGCUGGACUAGCUUGUUUCUUGGCAGCUGGGUGUAUUUUAACUGCCAUUAUCAUCUUUGGUACAGAGACCCGGUUACAAAGAAGAACACAGUGGGGAUGGGGCUUCAUUAUGUGUAUUGUUAGCACAUUUUUCUUUGUGGCGGCUGGUAUUUUGAAUUGUACUGGUUUAAAGAAGUCCACUUGA